AUAUCGGAUACUUUUUAAAAAAUAUUAUUACAUGCACGCUUCCUCUUUCUUUCAAAUGGUGUGGCGAGGCUUAGGGCUCUUUCUCUCCCGCCUCUUUUCUGUCCUAACAACCUUGUAAGGGUGGGAGAGAAGAUGGCUGGAUUCAUACAACGUGCUAAGCCAUAAAAUGGUUCAGUUGGUUUGGACUGAAUCUUAUAAAUCUAACUGCUGUGGUUUGUUAAACUAUGAUACCUGGUGUAGAGUUGUGUGAAUCCAACCAGUUGUGGUUAAACAGAAACUGGUUCAGAGAACCAAAUCUUAGCAUGAUGUGUGAAUGUAGGUGUUGAUUUUCCUAAGAUCACCUGUGAAUUUCAUAGUAGUGACUUCAGCUAGACUCCAGCCCUAGUUCAAUGAUAUAAUCACGAUGCUACAUUGCCUCUUCAGCUUGAUUUGAAGGUGUGAAACUGUCCUCUAGUGAGCCAGACUGUUAGACUAUUGCGGGGAGGGGGGGAUUGCUUGAUACAGAUGAGUAGCUUUCCAGAAUCUUGGAGCAAAGAGGGGUCUUGAGGUCCUUUAAACUAGAAACUGAAUUUGGGAUUUAGACAAAAACCAUGUGCUUAAUCAUUGAGUUGUGUCUCUCUGGGCCUCCACAGAUUUCUAGAGCCUCUUCAGGUGAUCACCAUUCAUGAAUAUAAGCUGGAUAUUCUGCAUCAAUGUAUAGAAAAAUGAAGUUUGAUACUUGGCAAGAUAAUAUGGUUAAUUAAGUUUAUCCCAAAGGAGUUUCACUCUGAGUUUGCUUGGUGUUUUAAGAUGGCAGCCAUGGUCAUGGAGGAGAGCAUUUAUAAUCUUCUACCUCAGAUUGUGGAGACGCGUCGGAUAACAGCGAAGCCCAGUUUUAUAUCAGCCUUUAGACAACAUGUGAACCAUGAAAUACAGCAAGGUAAAUCACCAUGGAAAACAAUUGGACCACCAAAAGUUCAGGUGCCCUCUCCAAAAAACUUCCUUCAGAAACAUUCAAAAGAACCAAAGUUACCAACAAGAAAAAAAGAUCAAGGCAGUAAAAAACCGCUAGAACUAAGUGUGCCUAAAAGAACAGAUCAUCCAAUAAUGGGAGUUCAGUGUACAAGGAAUUUCAUAAAUACAAAUGCAAGUAAUGCUAUCAUGGCAGUGCCCAAAAAACCACUACCAGUUUAUGUAGACAGACGGCAAGGAGACAGAUUUCUUCUGGAAACUUCAGGACUUGUUCCAAAAUAUCUCAAGAAAAAGGAUUAUGGAGUUACUCCAAAAUAUGUAACUAAGCGAAAUGAAGAUGCAAAAAGAGCUCAGGAAGAGUAUGAUGCCUAUGUCAAGGAGACUCUCAGACAAAAAGCCAUGAAACGGCUCACAGAUGAAGAGAGAGAGAAACUUUUAGAGGGUCUCAAAACGAACUGGGAGGAUGUACAUAAUGCAUUUCAAAGCCUGUCAGUAGAAAUAGAUACAAUACCGAAGAAGCUUCAUAAAGAAAAGCUGGAAACAGAAAUGAAACAAUUGGAACAUGACAUUCAGACAAUUGAGAAACACAGAGUUAUUUACGUAGCAAACAAAUGAGGACUACUUCUGAGAAUUUUUUCUUUUUUGAGAUAGUUUACUUUUGAUCGAGAAAGCAGUCAGUGAUGGAACCAACCUGAUUUCCAUAAUAAGACUGUACUGCAAAUACAGUACCAGGGCCAUAAUGAAGAAGCAACAUCUGGCCUCAGCCCCCCGACCUCACAAAUGAGGAAUCACCAAAGGUAUAUCUUGGAAAGAAUGGCUUAGACAACUGAAAGCAAUCCUGUAAGUCCUUUGGUUCCAAGUCAUACACUUUGAAUUGUGCAUGGAAGCCUAUUGCCAACCAAUGCAGGGCCCAUAAUGGAGAUGUACUUUGUUCUUGGUGAUAAAUACCAACAAAUAAGUGGGGUAAAACAUUCUGUACCAACUGUAGUUUCCAAGUGGUCUUCAAAGGCAGUCCUGCAUGGAGUGCAUUGAAGUAAUCCAAGUGAAUGAUGAUGAAAUGUGUAUUACUGUUGUGAGAUCCUCCCAUUCCACCAAAAGCCUUCCUGGCCACAGCCUCCAUCUGCCCAUCCAGCGGCAGCCAUGACUAGUGGACUGCUCCCUCAUGGGUAAUAUUUCUCUCUAAGAGACAACAUGGGCUGAAAACUAUGAUGAACAAACUCCACUUUGCUUGGGUUGAAUUUCAGGUUUUGUCUUCCAGAUCCAAACGAUAUCCAAACAUUGGGACAUGCCUCUAACAGUGUUAGAGGUCCAGGGUGGUGAUGUAUAACUGAGCAUCAUCAGCACAUUUAUGAUACCUCACCCUGAACUGAUAGAUAACCAGUGGCUUCAUUGAUUGAUUAUGUGACAUCAAGUUAGGAUUGACUCUUAAUGAUCACACAGAUAGAUUUUCUCCAGGAUGAUCUGUCCCCAACAAGGUAUUUCACAUCUUCACAUCAACAUUAAAAAGUAUGGGGGAGAGUAUCAAUCCCUGUGGUACCCCCAAGUGAGUAGUGAUUGAGCCAACCUCUUUUCUUCCAUAAGUACUGAUUGGAACCAGCCACUAAGAUAGGAAUGGAACUACUGCAAACAGUGCCCCCAACUGCAUCCCUCACAGUUGAUCCAGGAUACCAUGGUAAAUAUUUCUGAAGGCAGCUGAGAGGCCUAAAAUAACCAGAAGGGGUGCACUCCCCUCAUCCAGGCCCUGACAAAUGUCCACCAGUGUGACCAAUGCAGUUUCUCUCUCAUGCCCAGGUCAGAACCCAAAAGAUUUCCUCUACAGCACCCUGUAACUGAUUCCCACCACCCUCUUGUCAAUUUGCCUAGAAAAUGAAGGUUGUAGACCUGGUGAUAGUAGUUCAAUAUGGCUAGAUCCAGGGGAACUUCUUGAGGAGGAAGACAUUCCUUCAAGGCUGUACUUCUCACAGCAAGAUGCUGACACUCUCCUGGAUCCAGCUCAUCAUACCACCCCCAGCCCCAAACAGGAGCCAUGAGCAGCCUGGGUCAAAUCUGCAGGUUAUAGCAGUCACACUAGAGACCCCCAUAUCCACUUCUUGAAAGCAUGAACCCACCCACCCCCCUCCACUACAAGUUAUGCAGUCAGGUUUCCUGCAUUUGGAAAAUCUGCAGGAGUCAGCAAACCCUUUGUGCAACAGAUGAGCCUUCCCCUGGGAAAACCAUCUUCAUGAUCACAGGAUCACAACUGUAGAACAAAGCAUCCUCUCAAA